AUGGAUGGUUGUUAUCACCCGGCCACCUGUUUGUUAUCAAACACCAGUGACACGAGAUUGGCCUGGGAGAUCUCGCCGGGACUGUCAGUUAUACCUUUGACAAAAUCCCCUCAUCUACCCGCUCCUGGAGAAGAUUCACCCAUUCAAAGACUGUCCGCCCCUGGUGAUCUUCGCUCCCCGCUUCAGUCUACCGUCAGGCAUCUCUUCCGAACCAAAGGACUCAAAUCUCAAUUAGGUCUCACCAAACAUCAAAAUAAAAUAACCAUCAAAGGUAUUGCAGACACCCAGGUCCCAUUGAACAAAGGUUCAGUAACAUGUAACAUAAGCCCUCUUAAGAACUCUCAUAUAUCUUUGAGUACUGAAGCAGUUGUAGUCCCAAAGAUAUCAUCCGAUCAGCCAAACAUUGAUAUUGACCCUACAAUCAUCUCAAGAUUUGAUAAUCUACAGCUCGCUGACCCCACGUUCUAUGAAAGCUCACCUGUUGAAUUUCUAAUAGGAGCAGAUUUGUAUUUCGAUAUAAUAAAAGAGUCGCAUAAUAUCAUAAAAGGUGAACCCUCUGCAAUGAACACUAUUUUUGGAUGGAUAGUUGGUGGUAGAGUGGCCACUUCCUCAUGUCAAAGUGAAUGUUCUUAUUUUUUAAACUGUUGUGAAUCAGUUGAUAGUACUCUCAAAAGGUUCUGGGAGGUAGAAGCUGUUCAAAAUGUGAAGUAUCCUAGUCCAGAUGAUAUUGCAGUUGAAUCACAUUUCACAGAAACACAUAUCAGAGAUAAAACAGGCCGCUAUGUUGUAUCGCUACCAAUAAAACCUGAUGCACCUGACCUACCGAACACAAGAGAUAAGGCAGAGAAACGACUUAUCAGCCUAGAGAACAGAUUAAAAAGCAAACCAGAAACCUAUCUGGAGUAUAGAGAGUUUAUGGAUGAUUACCUAGCUCAAGGUCAUAUGAGUAUCACCAGCAUCCCCUCACCUUAUGUAAUUCCCCACCAUUGUGUAAAAAAUGAGAACAGUAGUACAACAAAGUUGAGAACAGUGUUUAAUGCGUCUUUUAAGCCCUAUGCAAAUUCCUCUUCCCUCAAUGAUAUCCUGUAUAGUGGACCAAAGCUGCAAAGAGACAUAGGAGAGAUAAUAACUAAUUUUCGCCUACAUGAAAUUGUUGUGUGUGCCGAUAUAAAACAAAUGUAUAGGCAAAUCGUUGUGAAUCCCACAGACCGAGCAUUUCAGCACAUAUUCUACCGCACAAAUCCCAAUGGAGAUAUAGAUGAGUACGAGCUGAACGUAUUGACAUAUGGUGUAACAUCUAGUGCUUAUUUGGCACAAAGAGUAUUACUGCAACUGGUUGAAGAUGAAGGCAAAAGAUACCCACUCGCCUCUCAAGCUAUCACUCAUCAAACGUUUGUGGAUGAUAUUUGUACCAGUGUUGAUUCUCCUCAAGAAGCACUUCAGUUACAGCAGGAACUAAUUACACUUCUGGGAUUGGGAGGAUUCACCCUAAGAAAAUGGGCCAGUAAUUGCCACCAAAUAUUAGACAGCGUCCCGCUUGAUUGUAGAGAAAAUCCCCUCGCCCUACGCUCCGAAGACGACUCUGCUGUUAAAGUACUUGGAUUACAGUUUGAUCCCGCUGAAGAUGUAUUUUUCUAUGUAAUUAAACUGAACCCUGUAGUUUGUACCAAGCGCUCAAUGCUUUCUGAGAUUGCUAAAAUUUAUGAUAUUUUAGGAUGGAUAACACCCACUACGUUUUAUGCCAAACAUAUCAUGCAGAGCACAUGGUUAUGUGGACUAGAGUGGGAUGACCCCCUACCAGAUGAACUUCGCAGUAAAUGGACAACAUUUAUUUCAACCCUUUCAAGUCUUUCAACCCUAAAGAUACCUAGAUUCAUCCCUACAACUCCUCACAGCACAAAUCAGAUAAUAGGAUUCUGUGACGCAUCUGAAAAGGGCUACGCAGCAAAUAUCUAUAUACGAACUGAAACCUCGGAAAACAUAUCAGUACAUCUUAUCAAAGCGAAAAGUAAAGUUGCCCCACUCAAAACAAUGAGCAUUCCUAGAUUAGAACUUUCUGCUGCUCAACUACUAACAGAAGUUGUAUUAUCUAGUACGCAUCUAACCCAGACUGUUGACCCCCAGAAUAUCAUAUUGUUUUCUGACUCAGCCGUUGUUCUUAUGUGGUUAAAAACUCCUCCUUACAAGUUAAAAACAUUUGUUGCAAACAGGGUUGUAAAUAUACUUGAGUCAACUAAUCCAAAACAGUGGCACCAUGUAUCAUCUAAAGAAAAUCCUUGCGAUUGCGCAUCCCGCGGCUUGACACCUGAAGAGCUUGUAAAUUUUGACUUGUGGUGGAAAGGACCUCAAUUUCUGUACACUCCCUUUGAUUCGUGGUCAUUACACCGUUCAUCUGAAGAAGAAGUAGAGAAGUUGCCAGAGAUUAGAAAAGAAUGUUUAUCUACAACAGUUGAUAACCAAAACAGCAUUGUAUUAGAAAUGCUUGAAAAAUAUUCUAGCCUGAGUAAAGCUAAAUUUUUAAUUUCUUAUGUAUUAAGGUUCAUCAAUAACGUCAAAAGUAACGCCAAAGGUAUAGCUAAGAAACAAGGACCAAUAUCACCUCAGGAAUUGGAACACACAUUAUCUCUCUGUGUAAAGACUACACAACAACGCUAUCUCUCAAAAGAUAUUUCUGAUAUGAAAAAUAAUAAACCAUGCUCUAAGAAAUAUCGCUCUUUAGCUUUAUUCAUUGAUGAAAAUGAUUUCGUCAGGGUGGGCGGUCGUUUGAAAAACGCUAACUUAACUUACUCCAGGAAACACCCCUUUCUGAUACCCCGUUCAUCACGCCUUGCGACACUCAUUUGUGAUUAUUAUCACUCAUUAGCUUUACACUCAGGACCCCGCUUGACACAGUCUCUCAUUCAAGAAAAGUUUUGGAUUGUAGGAGUACGGCAGUUAUUGAGGGAGCGUAUAUUUAAAUGCCAAAGAUGCUAUAUGUUCCAAGCAAAACCUAUAACGCCUAAAAUGGCGGACCUACCAUCACUCAGAUUUGAAAGCAUACGUGCGUUUCAAAAUGUGGGACUAGACUACGCUGGACCGUUUGAAUUUAAAGAAAGUAAUAGAAGAAAAUCCCCACGCCAAAAGGGAUAUAUUGUCAUUUUUGUUUGUUUUUCGACAAAAGCUGUACACAUUGAGUUUGCAACGAGUUUAUCAACACCUUCAUUCCUUGCUGCAUUGGAUCGUUUUGUUGCCAGAAGAGGUCUCUGCCAGUCAAUAACAAGUGACUGCGGAACCAAUUUCCAAGGAGCCGCAAACUAUUUUUCUCAAAUUCAGAAAUUUCUAAAAGACAAUAAUCAAGACAUAGCACAUCACCUAGCUUCAAAAGAAAUUAAAUGGAAUUUUAUCCCCCCGGCAGCACCCCAUUUUGGAGGCCUUUGGGAGGCUGCAGUCAAAUCAGCAAAACGUCACCUCAUCCGAGCUAUCGGUACCCUGAUAUUAACAUAUGAAGAAAUGUACACCUUACUGACAAGAAUUGAAGCCAUUCUGAAUAGUCGCCCAAUAGGAGCAAUGACCACUGACCCAAAUGAUGGAGACUACCUAAGCCCUGGACACUUCAUUGUAGGAACGCCGUUGUUAUCACCACCUGAAGAGGACUUCACGGAAACUACGAUGAAUCGUUUGGAAAGAUAUCAACUCCUACAACAAGCUGCACAAUCGUUUUGGAAGCAAUGGUCUCAAGACUACCUACAAACACUGAUACCCAGGAAUAAAUGGACUACAUCACAGCCAAAUCUUCAAGUCGGAGAUGUUAUAUACCUUCAAAACAAGGACAGCAGCCCUCUGGAAUGGCCUAUUGGAAGAGUGAUUGAGACAUACCCCGGACCAGAUGCUACAGUUAGAGCCGCAAAGGUUAAGACACCUCACGGAACAUAUAAUCCCCUCAUCUACCCGCUCCUGGAGAAGAUUCACCCAUUCAAAGACUGUCCGCCCCUGGUGAUCUUCGCUCCCCGCUUCAGUCUACCGUCAGGCAUCUCUUCCGAACCAAAGGACUCAAAUCUCAAGUAA